CGCGGUCCGUCUCAGCACCAGUCCCUGCUGCUAUUGCAGCGGUCCCACCACCAAAGCCGUCCGGUUGGAAAGCGGCGGUGAAUGUUUCGCCACCGCGGAUGCAGGAAGCUCCUGGGUCGGGGAGAGCGGCGAUGAAAUGAGUGACUUCUGGAAGCGCUGAGGAAGCUCCUGUUGAAAGGAUGGACGGACAGCAUGGGGGUGAAGGCCGGCAGCUGCGGGCUGAGGGGAACGAAUCCCCAAGUGAAGAGUGCGGAUACGACGAGAGGCCACUGGGAAACUUGCAGGAAGAGCCCACUUCCGAGAACACAUUUGAUCAUGAACCCAUCAGUGAAAACGAGAGAUGUGACAGGAAGCCAAUGAAGGAUGCACAAGACUUGAAAUGUUCCAAGGAUCCAAAAGAAAUUCAAGUUGGACCGGAGAAUGGAGAACCUAUAAACAGAAAAGAGAUCUCUGAUGAGAAGCCAUUGGAUGAUGUACAGGACUCAAAAUGUUCCAAGAAUCCAAAAGAAGUUGAAGAGGAGAAUAAAGAACCCACAAAUGAAAAAUGGAGACGAGAUGAGAUACCAACAGGAGAUGUGCAAGACUUGAAUUGCUCCAAGGAUCAAAAAGAAAUUGAAGUUGAAGAAGAGAAUAAAGAAACCACUCCUGAAGACAGCUGUGACAAGAAGCCAGUAGGAGAUGUGGAAAGUUCGCAAUGUGACAAGAAGCCAAAACAAACACAGGCUGAAAGGGAAAAUACAGGCUUCAGCUGUGAAAAACAUCAUCAGGAACUGAAAGGAAAGUUGCAAGAUCUACCGAGCUCAUACCAUCAUGAUUCUGAUGAAGAAAGUCAUGUUGAGGAUGAAUACCCGAAUGAAAAAUGGGAACACGGCGAGAUUUCAAUAGGAAGUGUGCGUAAGUCACUGAUUACUGAAGAAGUCAACAGACGUCAACCUGGUCAAGGGAAACAAUCCGACCUUGGUUUUGUCUGGAUAGGAGUCCUUUUGGUGCCUCUCUUCGCCUACUUUUUGUUGAAUUUUCAGAGCAAUCAAGAGCCUGCAGUUGGAAAAGUACUCCACACGUUCUUACAGAAUUUUGAGAAGGUGCAGAAGGAUUUUCCAAAUCAGGAAGAACAGUUAUGGAAAAGAAGCAGGAUAAUGUUGCAGAAACAAGUUAACAAGACUGUGCACUCUGAACCAUCCAUCUUAAUGUUUGCAGCUGCUUGGGAUGCAGAGGAAACCAUGCGAUGCCUCACAAGUAGGAUUGCUGGAGCUUAUGCCUUGUCCUUCAGUUCCAGGAUUAUGGAAAUUGAUGGAACUGGUAAAACAUUUCUUAACAGCGACCAAGUCAAGCUGGAUCUAGAUAAUCAGUUGUCAUCGGGUUUCGGAGAAGGCAGAAAGAGUGCCAUUAUUCAUAAUUUCCAGGAGCUCCCACCUACUUCUACACUUCUGUUCUACAAGUAUUGUGAUCAUGAAAAUGCAGCCUUCAAGGAUGUUUCUUUAUUGAUUACAGUUUUAGUCGAUAAGCCCAGACUAGAUCCAGGCUUGAGCCUUGAUGCUUUUGAAGAGACAGUUUACAAUUUUCUCACAAUGAAAUUCUCCAUCUCGAGUGAAAGUGCACAGUACAACGUCCUGGAUGUUGACAAAUUCAGCGGAUUGUGGAGUCGUAUAGCACAUGCCAUUUUGCCUGUCCGGCCCGAAAGAGAAAUUGAAGAAAACGGCUGUAAACAAGAGUAAAAGUGACUUGAGAAAAUUUAAGUGAGUUUACUGAGAUUGAUCAGUUGAGAAACUAUAUGCACAGGGAACUAAUGAGUAGGAAAUCGGUUCGUAACUAAGAUAUCUGACUUCCCGUCUAAUGAAUUUUGAUCAAGUAUCUCAUCUAAAAUUGGUGUAUUUUUGAUUAAUCAGUUGACUGAAUUACUAUAUCUGUUUUUAUUUUAAUGGGCUUCAUGCAUAGGCAUUAUAGUUCUCUUUAUCAUAGAUGAAUGAAUCAACCACUGAAGAAUAUUUUUGUAAUUGUAUUAAUGUUUUAUGGAGUUUUCUAUGACAAUUGACAUUUUUGAAACGCCAACUUACAAUGACAUUGACUUAAAUCAAAAUAAGUAAAUAAAUUGACCUAGAAAGCUGAACUAUUUGCUAAAACUGUUAAUUCCUUCCUUUCGAAGGAAGUGUUGAUUUAAUGCUUUGCUUUGGUUCAGGAGUGUUGGUAUCUCCAUUUGACAGUGAUUUAUGUGGCAUUCACAUCAAACAUAAUGCUGAUCCGUUGCAAGAUUUUUACCGGGCAGCUAAGCUGGAUGGAAAGUCUUGAGAAGGGAAAAAAUGCAUAAGUGUAGUAAAGGAUGCUUUUCUUGAUGAGGACCAGAUGCAGUGUUGGUGAACAAUAGAUGGUAUUACAAAUGGAUCCUGUCUCUGGCACACGCUUUGUCUGCAAUCUCUGGUGCUUAGCUCUUAGUGAUGUGGAUGGAAUCCAAAUCUAUUGUGUUCUCAUACACAAAGGAGAAUACAAGUCUUUUAAUAACAUUGUUGACCUUUGAGAGGACUAUCAACGGAGCUAACAAUCAAUUCAGGUUAAAUAAUAAUGAUGUUGUCCCUGAAGCAGAAUGUUGUGUCUUCAAGUGCUACUGUAUACCUGUACACAAAAUCAAGACUAAUACCUCACUGCAUUACCGUACCCCUGCAAUAAAGUGAUAAGACCCCAGGAAAUAUGGACCUCUUUGUAUAUCAUGUGAGCCUCCUCUCAGGCAAACAUUGAUGACAGAAUUCACCACCAACCCCAGCAGAAUCAGAUUUAUUAUCACUGACAUAUGACGUAAAAUUUGUUGCUUUGUGGCAGCAGUAUAGCGCAAAGACAUAAAAACCUAUAACUUAAAAAUAAAUAGUGCAAAAAAAGGAAUAAUGAUUUAGUGUUCAUUGGUUCGUGAAUCGUUCAGAAAUCUGAUGGCAGAGGGGAAUAAGCUGUUCCUGAAUCAUUGAGUGUGGGUCUUCGGGCUGCUGUACCUCCUCCCCGAUGGUAGUAACGAGAAGAGGGCACGUCCUGCAUGGUGAGGUUCCUCAGUGAUGGAUGCUGCCUUCUUGAGGCACCGCCACUUGAAGAUUCGUAUUGGUUUAUUAUUGUCAUUGUAUCGAGGUACAGUGAAAAACUUGUGUUGCAUUACCAUUCAUACAGAUCAAUUCAUUACACAGUGCAUUGAGGUAAUGCAGGGUAAAAAUAACAGAGUACAGAAUAAAGUGUCACAGCUACAGGGAAGUGCAUUGCCAGUAGAUAAUAAGGUGCAAGGGCAUUACAAGGUAGAUUGUGAGGUCAAGAGUCCAUCUUAUCGUAUAAGGGAACCAUUCAAUAGUCUUAUCACAGUAUGAUAGAAGUUGUCCAUGAUCCUGGUGGUAUGUGCCCUCAGGCUCCUGUAUCUUCUGCCUGAUGGGAGGAGAGAGAAGAGAGAAUGACACAGGUGGGUGGGGUCUUUGAUUAUGCUGGCUGCUUCACCAAGGCAGUGAGAGGGAGAGACAGAGUCCAAAGAGGGGAGGCUGGUUUCUGUGAUGUGCUGGGCUGUGUCUACAAAUCUGCAGUUUCUUGCAGUCCCAGGCAGUGCAGUUGCUAUACCAAGCCAGGAUGCAUCCAGAUAGGAUGCUUUCUAUGGUGCAUUGAUAAAAGUUGGUGAGUGUCAAAGAGGACAUGCUAAAUUUCUUUAGCCUCCUGAGGAAGUAGAGGUGCUGAUAAGCUUUCUUGGCCAUCCACGUAGUUGGACCAGGACAGGCUAUUGAUGAUGUUCACUCCUCAGAACUUGAAGCUCUCCACCCUCAUGAUGUCCUCGAUGGUGGAGAGGGUUGUGCCCAUGAUGGAGCUGGCUGAGUCUCUACAGCCUCUUGUGAUCCUGUGCAUUGGUGGCUCCAUACCAGGCUGUGAUGCAACCAGUCAGAAUGUUCUCCACCGUACAUCUAUAGAAAUUUGCAAGAGUCUUUGAUGUAUAAAAUCUCCUCAAACUCCUGAAGAAGUAGAGCCAUUGGUGUUCCUUCUUCGUGAUUGCAUCAAUGUUUUGAGCCCAGGAUAGAUCCUCUGAGAUGUUGACGUCCAGGAACUUGAAGGUGCUCACCGUGUUGUGGCGGACAGACCGAAGGUGCUUGAACAGCCAGGAUCUCCCGGGUGCCAACCACUUCAAUUCCACUUCCCAUUCCCAUACUGACAUGUCUAUCCACAGCUUCCUCUACUGCCACUUUGAGGCCAGAUGCAAGUUGGAGGAGCAACACCUUAUAUUCCGUCUUGGUAGUCUCCAACCUGAUGGCAUCAAUAUCGAUUUCUCUGACCUCCAGUAACCCCUCCACUCUUUUUAUUCCCCCUUCCUCCAUGCUGUUUGUUUUCGCUCAUUCCUCUGCUCCUCUCACUGUGUCUCUUUCCCCUCCCCCGCCCUCACAACCUGCCCAUCACCUCCUCCAGUUCCCCACCUUCCAUUUCUUACCUUCAUUCCAUGGUCUACUGUCCUCUCCUAUCAGAUUCCUUCUUCUCUAGCCCUUUGCCGCUUCCACCUAUCACCUAGUUUCUCAAAAUCAUUCCCUUUCAUUCCCCCCACCUACUUUCCCCCUCUCACCUGGAGUCACCUAUCACCUGCCAGCUUGUUCUCCUCCCCCCCCCACCCCACCUUUUUAUUCUGGCUUCUGUUCUCUUUCUUUCCAGUCCUGAUGAAGGAUCUCAACCUGAAACGUUGACUGUUUAUUUCCCCCCCAUAGAUGCUGCCUGACCUGCUGAGUUCCUCCAGCAUUUUGCAUGUGUUGCUCCAAAUUCCAGCAUCUACAGAACCUCUUGUGUCAAGCUUUCUUGUAGUUUAUUCCAACCUAAACUCCAAUUCCCAAGUUCUGCUGUAAAAUAAUUCUUGCUCUUCAGAACUGCUCAGUUUUAGGGAAGAAAGUCAAAACAGCAAAUGAGGUUGGUGCCUAUCAUCCAAAACGGAUGGAUUUAGCAGCAGCCAAAUGUUUUGCAGGGACAGAACAUUAAUUUGAAAAAAAAACCUCAAUGUUACAAUGAGCAGUAAUGCAGAAUCUAAAAAUAUGAGAUCUUUGGCUUCCUGGACCGCUCCAUCUGACAUUGUAUGGGACCUCUGAUCAAUAUCACUCAACCGUUAGCCUGAAGCUUUAAGGGCCUAAGUUCUGGAAUUCAUGCCGGAGCCUUUCUGGGGGUCAUCCUGUUUUCAAUGAAAACCAAAAUAUUGGAGAUACUCCACAUGUGCACACGUCCACAGAUGAUACUCAUCUGUGCAAAGGGAAACAGAUAAUGUGUCAGAUGUGAAAUACCAACGCGACCUCUCUUCCUCUGAGAACAUGCUUUGAAAUCGCAGUUCACUGAAGGCGGCAUCACAUGUAGACGGAGUGGUGAAGAAGGCUUUCGGCACGCUGGCCUUCAUCAGUCAGGGCACUGAGUCCGGGAGGUGGGAAAUUGCCUUGCAGUUGUAUAAGACGUGGGCAGGGCCGCACUUUCUCUACAGCUUCGGUCACCCUGCCAAAGGAGUUAUUAAACCAGGAAGAGAGCGGACAAGAUUUGCCAGGAUGUUGCCUGGACUUGGGGGCCCCAGGUUGCGGAGACCGGGACUUUAUCCCCCGGAAUGUGGGAGAUGAGGGGGCGACCGACAGAGGUGGGCACGAUGCCGGGGCCACAGGCAGGGUGAGGGCAGGCGGGCUGUCCCCCGGGGGGGGGGGGGACCCCGACACCGGGACAAAACAACUCUCCCUCGGCAGAUGCUC